CUGAAAACAAGAAAAACAUACAAAUAUGAGAACUUUAGUGCAAAAUUUGUUGUUGUUAUAGUUUAUUAUUUUUAUUAGUUUUAUUUUGCAAAUGCGUUGUUUGCACAAAUAAAACGCAACGUGUUAUCGUUUAAUGGUAAAGCAACUUGGAAGUGUGUCGAACGAAGCAGCGUAAUCUCAUCACAUCAUUGUCGUCUAGAAUUUGGUUUGGCGAGCGUUUAAUGGAUGACACAUCAUCAUGGGAAAGUUAUUAUCAAAAAUUUUUGGCAACAAAGAAAUGCGAAUUCUUAUGCUCGGCUUGGAUGCUGCUGGCAAAACAACGAUCCUCUAUAAACUAAAACUGGGGCAAUCAGUAACAACGAUACCAACGGUAGGCUUUAAUGUCGAGACUGUCACGUACAAGAACGUAAAGUUCAAUGUCUGGGAUGUUGGCGGACAGGACAAAAUUCGACCGCUUUGGCGGCACUACUACACAGGUACACAGGGUCUUAUAUUCGUUGUGGAUUGUGCGGAUCGAGAUAGAAUAGACGAAGCUCGCAAUGAACUGCAUAGGAUAAUUAACGAUAGAGAGAUGCGGGACGCCAUUAUACUGAUAUUUGCUAAUAAACAGGAUCUAGCUGAUGCAAUGAAACCCCAUGAAAUCCAGGAAAAACUAGGCUUAACUAGAAUAAGAGAUCGCAAUUGGUAUGUCCAACCAUCAUGUGCCACAAGCGGCGAUGGCCUCUACGAAGGUCUAACGUGGCUAACUUCGAACCAUAAAUUAUGAGAAUCAUAAUCCUACGUAUUUCUAUGGCAUGUAUUAUUCGAUGCGAAGCGAAGCAAAAUUAUUAUAUUUUUUAUUUAUACAAACUGCAAGACGCAUAGUGAAAACAAAACAACAAACCAUAAAAAAUCAAUACAAAUACCAACAAAAUCGAACAGAAAUUAACAGAGUUGAAAACAAUAUAUAUAUAGAAGCCAAUAUAUAUUACACUGAUAAUAUAUAUGUGUGUAUAGAUGCAUAUAUAGUAAUUAUACAUAUAUCGUAUAUGUAUACAUAAUUAAUCAAUCUAUAUUCUCAUUAGUAAAAAAUACACAUACAAACGAUGCAAACUCAAUAAAUAAAAGAACUUCAAGCACAGUCAACCAUACGAAACGAAAAAAAAAAAAAACAAAA